UAUUAAUUAUUAAUAUAAUCAUUAGCAGCAGUUGUGGUUUUGCAGUGUUCAUAAUAGUGAAACUGUGAGGAUUUAUUUUCUGUAAAUAAAGUAUAGUAUAUUUUUGUGUAUUUAUGAACUCUGUCACCCUGAAAAUGACAGGAUGAAACAUGGGACAUGAAGUUUCGGCUAUAAAUUGCAGCUGGUGACAGUCUAACAAUGCCCCCUCAGCUGUGCCCUUUGCCCUUUUACAUGGGAGAAUGAAGCUGCCUUUGAGUCCUUUCAGAAAACUGAAUUUAUAGAUUGAACAAUACGACAAGGUGGUGCACAAAGCUGGGAGAACUAAACAUUUCUGUGAUACCACAGCUGAUCAAUGAAAUGUAUCAAAAACACAGAAGCCACUGUACAUCAUCACCUAAAUAUAAAAGUUCUCUAUGUGUCUGAUUAACCGUGAAUUACUCGUGAAGUUGUACCACAUGCUGUCACAGCAACUUGGAAGACGAAACGCACAGGAAGAAACUGAAAAGCAGCGUCUGGAUGGAGCACAAAAGUGGACGCCAGCAUGUAAAAGCCUAUUCUGGAGCAACACCUCCCUCUAUGGGCCGAUAGUGAAAUUACAUACAAUUACUUGGAAAAUUGAACGUCACGUUGUGAGGCGCAGGCGCUAGAAGAUCACUGGGAAUGACAUUUUCUAAUUAUCUACGACGACAUAGACAUAUUAUAUAUAUAUAUAUAUAUUUCCUGAGUAUGGAUUUUAUUGUUUAAAUGUAUCAUGCCUGGUGUAGAGCUGCGUGCUGGGGUCUAGCUAACACUUUAUAACUUGCAUAAAGUUUAUCACCAUCAUCAAUCAGCUGAUCUUUUCCAGUGGUCGGGCACGUCUUGGUGGGAGUGACUAUGUUAAUAUGCAUCAAACGGAAACAGACAGUGAUGGGACAUCUCUCAUCUGAUUGGCCGCCUUUGUUCUUUCAAACGGAGGUGUCCUCUCGCCUUUACUGACACCAACGACCCCGUGGGGUAGAAGACAUCUUUUACAGUAAUGCUGCACUCUUGCAAUCUGCCUGGAUAAUGGAGUCAUAAUCUAAGAAAAGAUGGCACAGGCCUGUCAGAGACAUGACAAAGCAAACAGACUGAGGGAAGAGCUGAGCUGCAUGCUGGUUGGUGAUGGAGCUGUGGGAAAGACAAGCAUGAUUAUCAGCUACAUCUUCAAUGGAUACAACAGCGAGUACAGACAAACAGCUUUUGAUGUUUUCACUGGUUUGGUUCAUGUGAAUGGAAUCCCAACUCGAAUCAAGCUGAUAGAUACUGCAGGACAGGAGGAGUUUGGCCAUCUUCGCUCUCUGUGCUAUGCCCACGUGGACGUUUUCAUCCUCUGCUUCAGUGUGGUCAACCCUGUCUCCUUUGACAACAUCACCUCCAAAUGGAUCCCACAGAUCCGUGCUGGCAACACGACCUCUCCCAUCAUUCUGGUUGGGACACAGUCAGACCUUCGGCACAAUGUGGACAUCCUCAUUCACCUGGACCAGCGGAGCACCAAACCAGUGCCCUUCAGUGGGGCCAGAAGGUUGGCACACAGGAUCAGAGCUCACGACUAUGUGGAGUGUUCAGCUCUGACCCAGCACAACCUCAAAGAUGUGUUUGACUGUGCUGUAUUUGCUGCAAUCAAGCACAAACACGCUGCCACAAACUCUAAAAAGCUCAGCCUGCUUAAACGUUUGAAGUUUCUUUGUGACUGUGGAUGGAGGAAAUUGUUCAGGUUCUGCUGAUCGGGAGUCAGUGAGUGGAUUGAAUGUACUCAGAUUUUGCACUGGCAUCCAUUGUGUAAGAAAUGUGAAUAUCUUUAACCAAAAAUCAUUUCAGUGUGAAUGCUACAUUCUGCUCUUUUUAAUAUUCCCCUUCUCGUUGUUGUUCAUAUUUUUGUGUGUUUGUGUGUGUUGAAAUUUUCUAAUAAAUGCACUACAGUUUUAACACAUAUUUAUAUGCUGGUUGUUGUGUUUUCUUUGAAUCAGUGUU